AUUUGACUACGGGUGGUUGUUCGCGGUUCAUUGAGUUGAUUUGAGGUCAAAUAGUUCUUGUUUUAUUUGUGACUGCUGUACACUUCUACUUUGACAAGACUUGGACUGAUUUUAGAGAUGGCCGACAACAGGCCCAAACCUAAUGGCUCGACAAAGCUUGCUGUUACAGAGGGAGCAACGGUGGUACGCGAGUGUGUUCUCGCUGGAGAAGUGUCCUUUGGCACUCGUACGGUGGUUCACCCCACAGCACAGAUUCUUGCCGAGAAAGGCCCGAUCAUCAUUGGAGAGGGUAAUUUGAUUGAGGAAAAGGUGAAAAUAGUAAAUAACUCUGAGGAGCCGCUGAUCAUUGGCAAUCACAAUGUUUUUGAAGUUGGAGCAGUAGUUCAAGCGCGAUCCGUGGGUGACCACAACACAUUCGAAUGCCUCUCACUAGUUGGUCCGAGAGUCGCCGUAGGAAAUGGAUGCACCGUGGGAGCUGGCUGUCACAUUAGUACGGAAGAAACUCUUGGAGACGACAUAGUUGUUUACGGUGCCAAUUGCGAUCGGAAGCGAGCUUUUGAUGUUAACAAGGCAUCAAACCCCCAAAUCGAUUUCCUUUUGAAAGUAAUGGUCAAUUAUCACCACGUGCAUAAACCCAAUCGGACGAAAGAUGGCCAAAUGAUCGAAGCAAAGUAAGGCUAUAUGCUACAACAAAACCAACAAACAGUGCUAUUCAUUCAUAGUACAUCAAACGCUUCGGAUACAGCUAGCGUCUUUAUUUAUAAAAAUUAAUAUUGUUUAUAUAAUUUUUAUCAUUGCAUUUGUCCUAAAUAUAUUGUCUGUGAGUUCUCAUAUUAGAAGCAAGGCUGCAAUUACAUUUUUCUGUUCAUAUAUCGUAUUAAAAUGCUUAAGGUAAUAAAUAUCGAAUAGAGAUAUAUACUUUGUUCAACUUGCUUUUAAACAUGAUCACUGUACAUAUAUAUAUAUAUAUAUGUCAAGCUCAACAGGGUCUUCUUUCCCGCCGUUCAGUCCAAGACCAUUUUAUCGACUAUGGUUUCACUAGACAGUAGAUAGCGACAGUGGUAAUCUUGUUAUUCCAUUCACGCGCAUUACUAAUUAUGUGACGAGGCAUUUGGCUACCAUAGUUAUUCGGCUGUUUACCCGCGAAUCUCUUCUUUAAGAAUUUCUUCACUUUGACAUUAAGAGCACUAGGCAGAGAUCACAUUGUGUGGCUGUAGAGGUAAAUACUGGAUUAGUACGAAAGAAAUGCCGUAUGUUGUUUAAACAAACGGUAAGUGUUUAAAACUAACUUUAGGAAUGGCGUAAACCCUGUUGCUUUCAAUGAAGUUUGCUGCUUCAAAGAUGAGCUCCCAUGCUAGAUCGGCAUGGAGUCCACAAAAAAUUUAGUUUUUACAUUUAGUGCUUUCUUGCCUUUUUGCCUAAUAUAGAUUUAAGCUAUUACAACUUUGGCGGGAUGACACUGCAAUGUCCAUUCAGAUCACAGUAGUUCUAUUCAUUCAAAACAUUUUCAACAGUUCUCUCUGAGCUCUCUAAGCAUAAUUGCUCUAAAAAACCUGCAUCUUUAAGCUUGAUUAUAAUUCUCAUUUUUAAUUAUAAUCACCCAAAAUAAAUCUUAGGUAGUCAUCUUGAUUUACAUGUAUUUUACGUAUGUAGCAUGACUUUUUUUGGUGACGAAAGCCAUUAAUAAUUAUAAUAUAUUAUCAAUGGUUUUUAUCGUCGAUGAGCAUUAAAUUUUAGUAUUGUUAGAAUAUGAAAAUGGCUUUGACGUACAAAACGGUGUCAUUUGCGACUAUAAACGACACAAUUCUUGCGAGCUUCAUAUGUUACACAGCCAGACUUAUAUUAUAACAGGAGUUACAGGUAUUGUUUUCGUUAAAUAUAUUUUAUCGUUAGGUGCCAAGCACAUACAAAAUUUGAAUGCAUGAAAAUAUUUGAUUUGAGCAGUGUAAUAUAUAAAAUUUAAGGCGAGGUAGCAUUUUGUCUUAGCCUUCAUUAGUUUUUGUCCAUUUUUAACACGAACUGAAUACGAACACAAAAUAGAUGACCUGUGUUAUUAGAAAUUGCUUCUUCCUCCUUUUAGGUAUUCUCAACAUUUACAAACCAAUUGUCUUUUAACAUCAACUGUCAUCACAAAUCUACAAAUAUCUUCAAACUCAAGGAAUGGUAGAGCAUAUUAAACUAAAUUACAACAAAUUCAUUUAACACGGCU